AUGGGUUGUUUCUUACUUCCAAUUGGCCUUGUGAGGGAACACGAGGCAGCAAUCCGUCGAUUUUGGUGGGGAAACGGAACGACUAAAGGGAUGCAUUGGCUCGCUUGGAAGGAACUGUGCAAAUCCAAAGAGAAAGGAGGGAUGGGCUUUCGGGACCUUAGAUCGUUUAAUUUGGCGUUAGUGACCAAGCAAGCGUGGAGAAUUCUUUCAAAUCCGAAUCUCUUGUUAUCAAAGAUUAUGGCAGCCCGUUAUUUUCCACAUGGGAAUUUCCGAGAUGCGGGUAUAGGCUACCGACCUUCGACGACGUGGCGGAGCAUUUGGCAGACUCUUCCUUUUCUAAAGAUGGGCCUUAGGAGACGGAUCGGAAAUGGGAACGACACUUCUGUCUGGGCAGAUUCAUGGCUUCGAGAUGGAGGGAACUUUCGAAUAAUUACCAAGAGACCUGUAUACUCGGCUUUUCCAAAUAAAGUGGCAGAUCUAAUAGACAAUCCGACAAAUCAGUGGCACUUAGAGACUAUACAAGAAUGUUUUUGGCCGGUGGAUGUUGGUCGUAUUUUAGAAAUUCCGGUGGGCAACAGCUUGGCCAGAGACACGUGGGCCUGGGGUCCCUCGAAUAAUGGCAAGUUCACGGUGCGCUCUUGUUACCACAUGAUUCUUGCAUCUACUCAAUCCUCAGAUAAACGAAGUAGCGGGGGAAACGGUUCAAACAUUGAUGUUGACUCUUGUAAGUGGAAUAUUAUUUGGAAUCUUGAGGUACCACCAAAGGUUAAGGUCUUUUUGUGGAGACUGUGCAGCAAUAUAUUGCCUGCGAACAAGAGCCUUUGUGGUAGAAAGGUAAUUCUCUCACCCUUUUGUGGGCGAUGUUAA